AUGAUGAAAGCGAUAGCCAUUUUUGCUUGUCUGUUAAUUGUAGCUUUGGAUGUAACAGCUGGAAUUCUUGGGAUCAAAGCUGAAGCGGCUCAAAACCAGGAAAAGCAUGUGAGACUCUGGAUGUUUGAGUGCAAAGAGCCAAGCCAUAACGCGUUUGUCCUAGGCGUAGCUGCUGCUACUCUUCUAUGUAUAGCUCAUGUUCUUACAAAUUUGCUUGGAGGGUGCAAUAUCUGUACUCGAGAGGAGAUUUCAACAGCACCUCCUAGUAAGCAAUUAUCAAUGGCAUGCCUCGUUUUUACAUGGAUCAUACUGGCUGUUGGCUUGGGGAUGCUGGUGAUUGGAACGAUAUCAAACAACAAAUCAAAAGCUUCCUGCGGUUUCACACACCAUCAUUUCUUAUCAAUUGGAGGGAUUUUGUGCUUUGUUCAUGCCAUAUUUUCUGUUGCUUUUUAUGUAACCUCAAAUGCCGUGCCUGGCGUAUAG